AAACGAGUUUUUCUGACACAAAUAAAAUAAAUCAAUGUUUCCUUUCGGAAAUCAUUUAAUUUUAAAAUAAUAUAGAAUGUUAAAUACGCAUUUAAGUUAAUAAAAGCAAAUAAAAAACUGGGUUAGACGAUCUGUUUAUAUUAAGAUGUUAUAAAGGCUAAAUCAAAUUAGAAAUUGAGUAAUCAAAUUGACGAAAAUUUAGUACAUAAAUACAAGGAUAUGAUGGAGACAGGAGAAGUGGAGGAAAUAGUGAUAAAAUGUGAAGUUAUUGAGAUUUCUGAUGAGGAAGAUACCGACCAACCCAAGAAGAAGAAACGAAUAAGAAAACGCUCUGUGCCAAAAGAGAGAUCAAAUUGUGAACAUUGCUCAAAAACGUUUGCAACCCGCUACGAAUUGAAAAAACACAUCAGAACUCACACCGGUGAACGUCCUUAUAUGUGUCCAAUAUGUGGAAAGACCUACACACAGCUAGGCCAUCUCAGCAUCCACCAGCUAUCUCAUGAAGGAAUAAAGAACUUCAAUUGUUCUGAAUGCGGUGCAUCGUUCUACAGAAAGGCAGACUUAGACCGUCAUGAGAAAAUCCACCUCGGAAUCAAGCCUCAUGUAUGUGAAAUUUGUUCAAAAAGUUUUACACAGAAGAAUAACCUUGUCAUGCAUGUUAAAAUGCAUAUUGGUGAUAGAGCUCAUGUGUGUGAAAUUUGUAAAAAAGGUUUUAUUACAAGAAGCAAAUUGAUGCUACAUUCAAAAAGGCAUGAGAAAACGAAAAAAGUAAAAAAUGAAAUUGAUAUGAUUGGUCAUGAUAUCGAUUAAAUGAACAUUAAGUAAUUUUAAUUUAAUUUUUAUGUAAGUUACAUUUAUUUUAAGGUGGUUACGACUGGUUGUAGGAAAUCUUAUGUAUAAAAACCGGCCAAGUGCGAGUCGGACUCUCGCACGAAGGGUUCCGUACCAGAGCAAAACUUAGCAAAAAAAUAACGUUUGUUGUAUGGGAGCCCCAAUAUUUAUUUUAUUCUAGUUUUC